AUGGGUUUUGAUCCGAUGACUCACCGGCCUCGGACCGAUAUCUUCUCUAGCUUGCCUCAUCUUCUAGCUCUUGUCAAUUUGAAAGAGCUGCUGGACCAUGGAGGCCACCCAUCUUGGGAUGAACAAGCUGUGAGACUACAAGCAGAAGCAGCUCAAAUGGCUAGGCUCCAAUACCUACAAUGUCUCCUCCAACCUCCUCCUGCUAAUAAUUCCUUUGGAGCUGGUAGCCCAAGCAACCUAAAUGAUAUCACUGACAUGGAGACCAUCAAUCUUUUGAGCUCUCUCUGUUCAUAUCAGUUGGAUCAAAACCCACCACAAUAUCCUGGAGCUAAUUUCGAACCAGUCCAAGAUCAUAAUUCAAUCCCUUUCUCUCAUUUGCCUGACUUGCAAACCUAUCAAACACCUUCACUGAACAACAACAAGGACAUGGUUAACCAAGCUGAAGAUCAAUUUGCUGCAGUUUUGAGCCAAGGGCAAAACUCUCCCAACAAUCCAUGGAACAUUCCUUCUUCUUCAAACACCACUCCAUCUCCUACUUCUAUGGCUCCUCCGGUAGCGGAGACUUCGAUAAGCAACACCAUGGGAGAUGCUUGCAGUACUUCAAGCUUUGGAGGAGUGGCUAAUUCUGCUUGGUCUGAGCUUCUUCUUGAGGACUCUUUUUUCAAUGAGAUUGCUUAA